AUGUCCAGGGAAAAAGUGGGAGAGGAAGACUGUGAGCUGCUAGCAAAUGUUCACACGUGCCUGCCAAGUCAGCCUCUGGAUUCCUUGUGCAGGGGACAUUACCUGUACUACCACUAUGGCUGUGACGGUAUAGAUGAUCGGGGCUGGGGUUGUGGCUACAGAACACUACAGACCAUCUGUUCUUGGGUCAGGCACCAUAAUCUGUCAUCAGCUGCUGCAUCAGGCUCACAUCAGAACAGUCCGGUUGCAAGCAUUGUCCAGAUUCAAGAAGCACUUGUGGAAAUGGGAGAUAAACCCACAUCAUUUGUACACUCCAGACAGUGGAUUGGCAGCUUUGAAGUAUGUUUGGCUUUGGAUCACUUCUAUGAUGUUCCCUGUAAAAUUCUCCACAUCGACAAGGGGGUGAAUAUAAGUCAGUUCAUGCCUGAACUAUGUGAACAUUUCAGAACUGUAGGAUCACCUGUGAUGAUGGGUGGGGAGUCAGACAACUCAUCCAAGGGAAUUAUGGGAGCCAGAAUGAAUGACCCAGCUCUGCUUGUUGUGGAUCCUCAUUAUUUUGGUGAAAGACAUACCCUGGAAGUUUUACAAAGUUCAGGCUAUGUGAGGUGGAUGCCUAUUGGUGAGCUUCAUAGCAAUACCUUCUACAACAUGUGUCUACCCAAAGUACCAUGGCUUGACAGUGCAAACUUUCAGACCAGCUCUUUAACCAAAUGUAUGCUGAGUGAACAUUGA